GUGAGGACCCUUGACCUCUGGCCCAAGAUGGUGGCGCCCAGAGCUUCGCUUUUGCUGCUCCCCUGAGGUGAACUGAAGCCAGCAGCCCCACAUCAUGUCGAAGCUCGGCCGGGCCACCCGGGGCCUCAGGAAGCCCGAGGUCGGCGGUGUGAUCCGGGCCAUCGUGCGGGCAGGCCUGGCCAUGCCCGGGCCCCCACUAGGCCCAGUGCUGGGUCAGAGAGGCGUUUCCAUCAACCAGUUUUGCAAGGAGUUCAAUGAGAGGACAAAAGACAUCAAGGAAGGCAUUCCUCUGCCUACCAAGAUUUUAGUGAAGCCUGACAGGACAUUUGAAAUCAAGAUUGGACAGCCCACUGUUUCCUACUUCCUGAAGGCAGCAGCUGGGAUUGAAAAGGGGGCCAGGCAAACAGGGAAAGAGGUGGCAGGCCUGGUGACCUUGAAGCAUGUGUAUGAGAUUGCCCUCAUCAAAGCUCAGGAUGAGGCAUUCGCCCUGCAGGACGUACCCCUGUCCUCUGUCGUCCGCUCCAUCAUCGGGUCUGCCCGUUCUCUGGGCAUUCGCGUGGUGAAGGAACGUUGUUCUGCAAAUGUUCUAAGAAAUGGAAAGAUCUCCAUGAAGGAUCCAAGUGGGAGAAGUUCAGUGUGACCCGGGUCUGUCGUCCUAGAGGCAAGUGGAGAAUGGUAUGAGGGAAGGACCAGUGCGAAGGACUUUUGAGCUGUGUCAGGUUCAUGGUUGCUCCUGAGGCAAACAGGGGACCCCCGUCAUGGGGCUUCGGAUGACUUCAGGAAUUGUUUCAUUGAAGUAAGAUGUUGGGUGGGAGGGUGUCUGGUCUAGACAACGGCCGGGACAGAGAUAGCAUUCAACCCUUUACUGGCCUCUUGCUGCUGUGUCACAUCCCAUGUCAAGGCUGACAAUUGAUUAUUUCCCAAGAAGAAUGGGGUUAAGCAUGGAGCAGACACGGACUUGACUUUUCUCAAAUCUUUUUUUUACUGGGAACAUGGAGGCGGGUAAAUCUGACCCUGUCCUGGGAGAGACACACAUGCUCGGCCCCGUGACGUCAUUGUACAGCAUAUUUUGGGGCACAGAGUACCCCAGUUAAUAUGGACUGGGGUCUGGCUGAUGCCUCAAAGGAUGAGUAGGGAUUUAAUAAGGGAACAAAAGAUAGGGGUAUUGGGGUUUGGGAGAUGUUGUCCCUGGAGAGGAAAUGAGCAAAGGUAUGGAGGCUGGGAAGUCAGGGAGGGAGAAGGGGCCAGGCAAGCUGGGCUCUGAGACAGAGGCCCCUUCAAGCCCCUGCAAGACACGGGGUCCUGUGAGCUCCCACUGGUGACCAAUCAUGCGCCAACCAUUUGU